AUGGAUCUCCAAAUCGAAAAGCCCCUCAAAAUCCACCUAGUCACAUCAACUGAGUCACCCGAGUUCACUCACCUGACUCGGUCCCUAACUCGCUCCUCCAUCAUUGGACUGGACGCCGAAUGGAAGCCAAUUCGAGGCCAGACACACCAGCCCACUUUUCCAACUGUGUCACUCCUCCAACUCGCUUGUCAACUCGGUCAUGACUCGGACGAGUCAGAAACUUUCCUGCUUGACCUGCACUCAGUCCCUUUACCUUCAAUAUGGGAAUUGUUGAGAGAGGUUUUUGAUUCUCCUGAUGUUUUGAAAUUGGGUUUUAAAUUUAAGCAGGAUUUGGCGUACUUGUCUUCAACUUUUUGCUCACAAGGAUGUGAUCCUGGUUUUCAUAAGGUGGAGCCGUAUCUGGACAUCACUAGCAUAUACUAUCAUAUGCAACAUAAGCAACCGGGAAGGAAGGGACCGAAGGAAACCAAGAGUUUAGCAACUAUCUACAAAGAAGUAUUGGGAAUUUCUCUUUCAAAGGAACUUCAAUGUAGUGAUUGGUCGCAUCGUCCUCUUACAGAAGAGCAAAAAACAUAUGCAGCUGCUGAUGCACACUGCUUGCUCAAAAUAUAUAAUGUCUUCCAGGACAAUGUUGUCAAAAAAGGGAAUGCUUCUAACAACAUGGUGGAACUUCAUUCUUCUGGUGUAAAUCUUGGUUUAAAAGAAAUUCUUGAGAAGCAUGACAUUGAUGAUAAAAUUAUUAGGAUGAAAUUUUUUGAAGCUGCAGAUAUCGUCCAAGCUACUGUUUCUUCAGAAAACUGCCAAAGAAUAGCAAAGGUGGAGGGGUUAGUUUCCGGGACAUCAUCCAGAAAUACCAUGCCUAUGGAUGAAUUUCUCCUAAAGAUAUUGGACAAUGUUGGUGACUGGCAAGGCCCUCCACCAUGGGAUAUGUCCUUAGGUGGUGAUGGAUGCCCAAAGUUCCUAUGCGAUGUGAUGGUUGAAGGCUUGGCAAAACAUUUACGGUGUGUAGGUGUAGAUGCUGCAAUUCCAAGUUCAAAAAAACCAGAAUCCAGGGAGUUAUUAGAUCAAGCAUACAGGGAGCAGAGAGUGCUUUUGACACGAGAUGCUAAGCUAUUGAGACACCAAUAUUUGAUAAAGAAUCAAAUCUACAGGGUGAAGAGUCUUCUUAAAAAUGAACAACUACGUGAGGUAAUUGAAACUUUCCAAUUACAAAUCAAUGAGGAUCAGCUGAUGUCAAGGUGCACAAAAUGCAAUGGGAGGUUCAUUCAAAAGCCACUGACAACAGAAGAGGCAGUUGAAGCGGCAAAGGGUUUCCAAAGAAUUCCCAACUGCCUGUUUAACAAAAAUUUAGAGUUCUGGCAGUGUAUGGAAUGCAAUCAACUUUACUGGGAGGGAACACAAUACCACAAUGCAGUUCAAAAGUUCAUCGAUGUCUGUAAGUUGAACGAGUAA